CGAUACGGUUGCAAUUGAUAACGGUUGCAAUUGAUACGAUUCCGGUGUGUCUUUAUUGUGUAUUUCAGACCCACAUAUCCUCUCCUUUCCCCACACUGCACAAAGCACUCGAACAGAAAGAAUUUCCAAAAAACAACCACCACAAAAUCCCAAUGCAGACAACGGCGCGCCAUACGUUGGUGACACUCGUGGAGGAUCACCUGACCGUGUUGAUUGCUGAUGCCGUCACGGUGGGACGACACGCCAAGCGUGCCCGAACCGUCACCAACAGUAACUCCAACAAUAACACCACGAACGGGACACCCUUGGACGAAGUCGCUGCCGUGUCCAAAGGAACAUCUUCCAGUACGGGGGGAGGAGUCACGGUACGCCGACGUUUACACGCGGCCGACAUUAAUCUCGCCUUGCAAAUGCGACAGUCGGAAAAACUUUACGCGACGGCUCUCGUGCCACCGGACACGGUACAUCCGUCGUCUAUGUCGACAACAACCACCACGGACAAUCCCGACCAUUCCUUACCCGCGUCGCAUCGUCCCGUCAAUCUGGCCGACUUUUUGCGACACGCCCAACUCCCAUUCCAACAACCCGCCGAAGUCGCCUUGCACGUGUCGUGGCUUGCCGUGGACGGCAUUGCUCCGGAACCGCAUCCGCACGGGGUUGUCGGGGCGUGGACGGACCGACACACGCCCUCACCCCAUCCCCUCGCCAUGCCACACGAAAACAACAAUCACCACAACCCAUACCAAUCCACCGCUCCCCAAGCCUGGCUCGUACAACAACUCCAAGCCGCCAUGUUGUCCGAAGAACUACAACUAUACUUUACCCGCGUCACCUACGCUCUGGAUAACACCACCAAUACCCACUCCCCGACCUCCGCACGCGCGCAAGAUCGACUCCUGGAUCGACUCGCCGUCGACGCGCAUUUGCAGGAACUCGUGCCCUUUUUCGCACGCUACGUCACGCAGACUCUCUACGCAUCGCACGUGACCCACCAACGUGCCGCCGUACGACUCGUGCAAGCCAUGCUCCACAAUCCAACCCUGCAUCUCGAACUCUACUUGCACGAACUCGUACCAGCACUCUUGACCGCCAUUGUGGCCGAUCACCGCGACCGGACGAACCAACGGACCUCCGUCGCCGUGACCGCCACGCCGCACUGGCGUUUGCGCGUCGAAGCUUCCGUCGCGCUCCGCACCGUCUGUCGACAAUUCGGACCCGAAUACCCCACCCUCCAAGCACGGGUACUCCGGACCCUCUGUCAAGCACUCGGACCGGACCGGUCCCGACCGGCCGUCUUUGGCGGUCUCACCGCCGUCACACUCUUUGGACCACUCGCCAUCCAAGCCUUUGUCCUACCCAUGCUGCCGCACGCCUGGAAUGCCUGGGAGGAGGAAGCACAGUCGUCCGCUACGGAAGAAGUGCAGUGGGAGACCCGACAAUGCCAACAAGCCGCACUCGGUGCCCUCGGGACGUGGUUGCGGUCCUACGCACCAACGGCUCCGCAGACGUUAACUGCUGGACCGGCAGAACAAGUUGCCGCGACCGACGUCGCGCAUCCACUCCUCGCCGACACGUGGGGAGAUGCCCUGGUACCCUUGCAAGGCUACGGACCCGACGUGCCCACCGAUUAUACCCUGUGUGUACUCUAA